AUGAUCCCGGAGAACAUUUUGGAUAGUAUAGCAUCAAGAUUCCUUGUAGGCUUGGGAGACCAGGAGAGGAACGCCGUAGAGCGUCUGUUCUUUGCGGUGGAAGAAGCGCAUUGGUUUCUAAUAGAUAAUUACAAGAUCUCCGACAUUUCUUUUGCAGACUUCAGCAGGGAGCUUUUGGAUCAUAUCGGUAUAAGGGUAAAUAUUGAAGAGGCACUCCGAAGCUUUGUUAAGUACAGGCAGUCUGUAAAGGUUUAUGGAGCGAUUCUUGUGGACUCAAAUAUUUCCUAUGUAUUGGCUGUCAAGGAGAAAAAGAAAACAAAGAACUACUCUUUUCCAAAAGGAAAGAAGUGCAUGGACGAGGACGGUACAAGCUGUGCCAUAAGAGAAGUCUACGAGGAAACUGGAUACGAUGUACAGAACAAGAUAUGCAAUCUCCCAAUAACAAUAUUCGAUAAAAUUACAUUAUAUUUUGUAUUCAAUGUCAAACAGAACUUUCCAUUUGAAGCACAAACUAGAAAGGAAAUUGAGGAAAUCAAAUGGCUGUCAACAAAGAAGCUAUCGAAAGGAGAGUACAGAAGAGGAUAUUCGAUCGUUUCUGCCGCAUUUAAGAAGGCUUCCUACUUGCUAGAGGCUAUGAGAAAAUCCAAAUUUAAGUUCAAUACAAAGAAAAUAGUUCAGAGGAUUGAUAGACUACUUGGACAGAACAGGGCGAAGGAUAGUGCACUGUAA